UUGCACAUUAUUGGAAUGGAUUCAGCUCACUAGUCACUACAUGGGAAGCACUCUCUCUCUCUCUUUCUCUCUGCAAACAUGGCCACUUCUCUCCUCCUUUCAAACCCCUUCUCACCCCUCUCUCACUUCCCCACCAAGCACAGAACAUUUGCCCCCAAAGUCACCUUACCGACCCCCAAAUCCACUCCACCCUUCCUAGUCAAGAACAACCCGUAUUCGCCGCAACCCCCGAGAAUUUCCCAAAAGACACGCGCCGGCGCGUCCGAAAUCGGAGAAACGGCGAAGGAGGAGGAGGAGGAGGCGGAGGAGGAGGUUGUUUUUGCGGGGGAGGAUUCGGCGGAAUUCGAUUUGGGCAAGCAGAAGAUUACGUCUUGGAUUUAUUUUACUGGGGUUUUGGGCGUUGUGCUAUUCGUGCUCGACGUGGUCUGGAUUGAUAACUCUACUGGAUUCGGAAAAGCUUUCGUCGAUUCCGUUUACAGCGUUUCUGGAAGCCAUGAGGUUGCUAUGUUUAUGCUUACUCUCAUUUUUGCCGCUGUCCACAGUGGCUUGGCUAGUUUCAGAGAUAAAGGCGAGAAACUUAUUGGAGAACGUGCAUUCCGUGUUUUGUUUGCAGGGACUUCUCUUCCGUUGGCUGUUAGCACUGUUGUAUACUUCAUCAACCACAGAUAUGAUGGUGUACAGUUAUGGCAGUUGCAAAGUGUUCCGGGUUUACAUGAAGUCACCUGGCUCGCGAAUUUUAUUUCCUUCUUUUUCCUCUAUCCAUCAACUUUUAAUUUACUAGAGGUAGCAGCCGUUGACAAGCCUAAAAUGCAUCUUUGGGAGACUGGUAUCAUGAGAAUAACUCGGCACCCACAGAUGGUUGGCCAAGUGAUUUGGUGCUUGGCACACACAAUCUGGAUUGGCAACUCUGUUGCAGUGGCAGCCUCCAUCGGGCUAAUAGGGCACCAUUUAUUUGGCGUUUGGAACGGAGAUAGGAGGCUAGCUAUACGAUAUGGCGAUGCCUUUGAAACCGUGAAGAGCCGAACAAGUGUUUUUCCAUUCGCAGCUAUUCUUGAUGGCCGUCAGAAGUUGCCUGAAGAUUACUACAAAGAGUUCAUCCGUUUGCCGUAUUUAACCAUCACUGCAUUGACUUUGGGUGCUUACUUCGCUCAUCCGCUUAUGCAAGCUGCCAGUUAUAGGCUUCAUUGGUAGGUUAAAUAGACCCAAUUCAUGUCAUACGAGAAACAUUAGUUUGAAAUUCUACACAGUUUAUGUAAAUGUAUCGGGGUUACUUUCUCAUGUAUUAUAGUAGGAAAAUUUUCAUUUCUU